AUUCAUCUUCAUUGAGAGAGAGAGAGAGAGAGAUGGAAGGAGAUAAAGGUAAAGUGUGUGUAACUGGUGGUACUGGGUUCUUAGCAUCUUGGUUGAUCAUGAGGCUCCUUGAACAUGGCUACUCUGUUCACACCACCAUUAGACCUGACCCAGAACACAAGAGAGAUGUCAGCUUCCUAACAAGUCUACCAGAAGCAUCCGAGAAGCUUCAAAUCUUCCAGGCAGAUCUAAGUGACCCCAACAGCUUUGAGGUGGCUAUUAAAGGAUGCAUUGGAGUCUUUCAUGUAGCUACCCCUGUUGAUUUUGAAAGCAAGGAACCUGAGGAAGUGGUCGUCCAAAGAGCAAUUGAUGGAACAUUAGGCAUCUUGAAGGCUUGCUUGAACUCCAUGACUGUAAAGAGAGUAGUGUACACUUCCAGUGGCGCGGCAGUAGUGUUUAAUGACAGUGAUGUGGACACAAUGGAUGAGAGUUAUUGGACUGAUGUAGAGCAUGUUAAGGCCUUAAAAUCCUUCGCGGGCCCUUACUUUAUUUCCAAGACAUUAACGGAGAAGAGAGCUCUCGAAUUUGCUGAUGAACAUGGAUUUGAUCUUGUGACAAUAAUCCCUUCUUUUAUUAAUGGACCUUUCAUUUGUUCCAAGUUUCCUGGCUCGGUGCACACGUCGCUGGCUAUGGUACUGGGUGAGCAGCAGAAAUACGGUACUCUUUUGAAUAUGUCUAUGGUGCAUGUUGAUGAUGUGGCCAGGGCACACAUUUUCCUCUUCGAACAUCCUGAUGCGAAAGGGAGAAACAUUUGUUCUUCACACACAAUAACCAUUGAAAAGAUGUCUAAAUUUCUGUCCUCCAAGUAUCCUGAGUGCCCCCUACCAUCAUUGGAAUCUUUGAAGGAAAUCGAAGGCACCAGACUCGCUGGCCUCUCAUCAAAGAAAUUACUGGAUUUGGGUUUCAAAUUUAAGUGCGGGCUCGAUGAAAUGUUUGAUGGGGCAAUUCAAAGCUGCAAAGAAAAGGGUUAUCUCUAGUUCAGGUUAAGACAAACUGUUGUGUAAUAGAAUCAUCAUAGCAUCUGCCGGCCCUAUCAUAUCUUCUAGACAGUUUGCUGAUGUGGUUUUGUAAAAUUCAUUGAAUAUUUUCAGUGGUUUCCGGUGCAUCAGAAUUCCAAGGCCAACGCGUUGUAACUAAAGUAGUUGAUCUAAUAAAUCAAAUAACAAUAAUAAUAAUAAUAAUAAUAAUAAAGACUCUUUAAAUUAA